GUGAUUUUCAGGCAAAUGAGGCGUAGUCUUGAGGACUGAAAGAUGAGCACUGUCAAUUACCUGGAGGCACUGAAGCUGGAAGAGAAGCUGGCAUCUGAUAGAAAAGCUCUUAAAAUUACUGAUACCCUAUUAUCUCUACAACAUCCACCGACAUAUACAGUUGGCAAAAGGGAAACAGUUCAUAAUCUACUCAUUCCUGAUUCAGAGCUCAAAGCCAUUGGGGCAGAACUUCACUUUACACAAAGAGGAGGUGACAUUACUUUUCAUGGUCCUCACCAAGCAAUCUUGUAUCCCAUUGUUUCAUUGAGAUAUAUUGGUUUGGGGGCUAGAAAGUAUGUUGAGAAGCUUGAGCUAACCAUGAUAGAAUUGGCAUCUAUGUAUGGUGUGAAAGCACAGGUUGGAAGAAGAUGUGAAACUGGGGUUUGGGUUGACGACAGAAAGAUUGGUGCAAUUGGUGUUAGAAUUUCAUCUGGGAUCACAUCUCAUGGAUUAGCAUUCAACAUGGAUCCUGAUUUAAACUACUUCAAGCAUAUUGUGCCUUGUGGAAUUGCAGAUAAAGAUGUUACAUCUUUGAAGAAAGAGGCAGAUGUAGAGCUUCCUGCUGAAGAAGUGAUACAGGAGAAAUUGAUUGCUUGUUUUGUAAAAAUAUUUGGGUACAGCAAUGUCAUUUUGAAAGAUAAGUCAAAGUUAUAAUUUGUUGAGCAAUAGUGUUGUCAUGCACUGAUGCAUUUAUGUGACUAAUUCUUUGUAUAAGUAGUACCGUUCUUUUAAUAUGUGUUGUUUUUGUUAUUA